AUGCUUGACCCCGGCUCAAUCAUCGCCCUCACACAAAUCACCUACGAAGGCGCCAAACGAGCAGUCGACCUAGUCCUCACAGCGAUACACUUCCCGAAAGAGUGUGAGGAGUUAUUCGUGCAGCUCAAGCUCGAGCAGUUCCGUCUGCAGUGCUGGGGUCGAAGUGCGGGGUUGGAGCAAGGCAGACUCAUCGAAGCUCUACACCCAAUCUUCCCAGAGAUACGAAAUGCGCUCGACUGCAUAAGCGCACUUUUCCAGGACCUGAACAAGUUACAAGCCAAAUUCGGUAUCGUGUCGACGUCUGUGGAGGAUGUAGGCCGGAGGCAAAAGGAAUUAGCCUACAAGUGGAAUGAAGAACUUCAUAAGCAAGGCCUGGCACUUUCUGGGAAACAGGUGGAGGAUGGGGCGCCGUCUUUGAUCUCGAAGGAACAGAGGGCUUUCUUCCCGGCUGGGACAUUCAAGGUCACCUUGCCAGGUCGACUACGAUGGGCGUUGGGAAACAAGUCUAAGUUCCGCGACUGCGUGGCUGAGCUGGAGAGGUACACCAACAAACUGAACCAACUUCUACCAGAGCGCCAGAGUCUUCAGUACAAACAAGACUGGACAAGAGUCAACAUCAUAAUCGUCGGGAAGGCCGAUGAUGAGAACACUGUCUCCCUCCUACGAGAUGCCCUCGAGGGAAGUCCCGCCAUGGAAUCAUCACUCCGCGGGCUGGUGGACAGGAAGUCAGUUGCUGCAGCUCCGAGUACGACAAAUUUCUUCCGCGGCAACCCCCAGCUAAAUAUGAGUGAUUUUGCUAUGCGAUCGGGAACGCUAGAUAGGGACAGAUUCGUCUCCACAAGGAAGGCGACUGGCGAACUGGUUAUGUUCGAGAAGAAGUCAUGGGAUGACGAGCGGUCCAUGGCCAACCGCUCAAAGCUGCAAAUGCGCCUGAGCCGCCUUGUUGCCAUGCUUCGGCCAGGCAGAAGCGACUGCAUCCUAAAAGCCAUCGGCUUUGCUGAAGAUGAAGUUAACAAAUGCUGGUGGAUCGUAUAUGGGGUGCCUUCAUUCAUAUCAUCUAGCCUUAACCUUCGAGUCAUGACUCUUCACGAGCGGUUAGGCCGUGAAUCCUUCCAUCUGGCUCCCCUCGAAGUCCGGACUAAAAUCGCCUUCUCCCUUGCCUCAGCGUACUCAGAACUAUUCAGCAGUGGCUGGGUACAUAAGGCUAUCAGCAGUCACAGUAUCGUGUAUUUUGGUCCUCGUACUGAUCUGCUUCGUCCUUCCGUCGUUGGUUUCGAGUUCUCCCGUCAGGAUACUGAAGAGUCCAAUAUCGAUGCCGCCAAGACGUCAGCACAGGUUGAACGAAGCACUUAUCGGCAUCCUGAUUACAUCGGUAGUGAGGCAAAGAGAUACAUGACACAAUAUGAUAUUUACUCAUUCGGGCUGGUGUUGAUAGAGAUUGCAUUCUGGCAGCCACUAAAGGAUGUCUGUCCGUAUGCCAAAGGCGACACAUUCGGGGAAGAAGAGGCAAAGAAUGUACAGAAGUGGGCAGCUCAAGUUGCAGACACGCAAUUUGCAUUUAGAGUUGGGACUGCGUAUGCCAAUGCUGUGAGCUGGUGUCUGAAGAGCGCUGCGAGAGUCAGCAAAGAUCAGGAGGAUUGGCAUCCGGCGUUGGCGUUCAAUGAUCAUGUUGUUGUCCCCCUUUCUGAAACCUAA